GACGAUGCUGUUAUGAGGCGUCCCACUGCCGUGCCGUCGGGCUUGAGCUGAUCGGAGGUCUGGAUCUCGUCGCCGGAUGGAGGGGGUGGCUGUAGCGUCUCUAGACUUGCCUCUUCCGGUGGUUUAUGACGUGACUGAUCAAGAGAGUUUCGACAACGUCAAGCAGUGGUUGAAUGAAAUUGAUCGAUACGCUAGUGAAAAUGUCAACAAGCUUCUUGUUGGGAACAAGUGCGACCUAACGUCGCAGAAAGUUGUUGACUAUGACACAGCAAAGGCUUUUGCCGAUGGAUUAGGUAUACCUUUCAUGGAGACAAGCGCCAAAAAUGCAACCAAUGUGGAGCAAGCUUUCAUGGCUAUGGCAGCUACAAUCAAAGAGAGAAUGGCAAGUCAGCCGGCGAAUAAUGCACGCCCGCCAACCGUGCAUUUCCGAGGUCAACCUGUGACCAAGAACAACUCCUCCGGUUGCUGCUCUACUUGAAAAAGGCAGAUCAGAAGAUCAUCCACCACAUAACAUUCCAAUGUAAAAACAAUAGGAUUUGAUUUCUUUAUUAGUGGUUUGUGGCAUUAUUGUGAUUCUACUUUAUGACUUUAUGCUUUCAAAUCUCUCCCAUUGCAUGUCUUUGUUUAGAGUUCACUUUGUUUUUACUACCUUCUCAGUUUAAAACGGCAUAUGUACAAAU